AUGUGGGCCACUGGGCUGUGGGGGUUGUGUGGGCGCAGUCGCCUCCACGGUGCUGGUGUUGGGCCAGCUGGCUGGAUGACCGCAUGGCGCUUUCUGCGCGCGGGCCAGCGGGCAGCUUCUCCCAUUCUCGAGUUUGACAUUUUGACCAGCGAUGCGCGUGCUGCUGGUUGCGAAUGCAACGCUCUGGUCAAGGUCGAGGGCUCGCGCAACUCAUUUGAGGGACGCCUGCACCCCAAGUCUGGCCUUUUUGAGCGGGGACAGCGCGAAAUCUUUCGCGAGCGCUGCGAUGAUCUCGGGCGCAUUCGUGCUCUUGUCAUCGGGCCUGACCGCCCAGGAAAGGACGAUGGGUGGUUACUCAAUUCGGUGAUAUUGCGCAUUUUGGACGAUGACAACCGUCUGCGCCGCGUUUUUACCUUUGAAUGUAAUCGGUGGCUGGGGGGCCGCCAUGAGGCCAGCAACCCGACGCUGUCUGUCACACUCACACCCCAGCAGUCCGUCACACCCGAUGAGGUGCGUCUCAAGACCCAGGAGAAGCCCCUGUCGCUGAUCGUACAUUCAGUGGCUUACCCGCAUCCGGAUAAAGUCCAACAAGGCCGCAAGGGUCUAGUAGGCCGGAUGCAAGGCUAUGCUGGAGAGGACGCUUAUGCCAUCAGUCACGAAACUGGUCCUUUGCAUGGCCUCUUCCUGGCCGACGGUGUACAUGCCUGGCAUAGUGAGGGCAUUGAUGCUGGCGCUUGGGCUCGGGAGCUAACCCUUGGACUUGCACACCAACAUGACAGCGCUGCCAGCGCCUAUGCCAAAGCCCCACUCGCCGAGCGAGUCCGGCCCGGCUUGACCCUGGUGGAGAUGGUGGAGCACGUGUAUCAACAGCUCUUGACUGACGGUGUGCAGGGUAGCUCCACCCUGGUGAGUGCCUGCUUCGAUGGCUCCACCGGCGCCCUCGACGUUUACAAUCUCGGGGAUAGCGGCUUGAGCGUUUUGCGCCGGCGGGGUACCAUUGGCGGUGCCGAUGUCUAUGGUGUACUGUACCGCACACCCGUUUUGGAGCACCGCUUUGGCUGUCCCUACCAGCUGGGCCACCAUGCUCAGGGCGACACGCCAGAGGCGGGCCUCGUCAAAACACUGGCUCUACAGCCCGACGACAUUGUUGUCAUGGGCAGCGACGGCUUGUGGGACAACUUGUUGCCGUCAGACAUGGCGCGAAUUUGUUCAGAGCCCAGUUCACGGCGAACCCUGCAUCACCGGCUCGCCGCGGCUGCCUUUAAUGUCAGUUUGGAUCGUAACGCCGACUCACCCUUUGCACGUGAAGCCACGGAGGAGCUCAACAUGUUCUACAGCGGCGCAUGGCACGGGGUUGUUGAGGGAUCCUGUCCGCUCUCGUGCCGCGCGCGCCGCGGCUUCAACAUGCCAUGGCUGCCAAGGCAGGAGACCAAGGCGCGCGCGGUGGCCAUCCACUUGCCCAUCUAUCCGCCACCCUGCUGGCAACCGCCCAAGGCGGCCGGCUGUCAAGUGUGCAGCAAGCCCGUGUACUACAUGGAAAAACUUGAAGCCGAUGAAAAGGUGUACCAUAAAACCUGCUUCAAAUGCUCAGUGUGCAAGAAGAGCCUUUCUGCGGGCACUUAUGCAGCCAUGAGCGGAGUUCUCUAUUGCAAGCCGCACUUUAAGCAAAUGUUCAAGGCAAAGGGAAACUACAACUUUGGUGCACAUGCCUCCGACAAGCCAAGCUCAUACACCGUCACUACCAAGGCUUCAUCGGUGCCUGCCCGACCGGCCUCUUCCGAGAAGGCCGUGAGUGCCCCCAAGGCUGCGCCGGCCCUGGCUGAACGAAUGAAGGCGUUUCAUGGGCAACCACCCGUCAACUCGGUCGUUGGAGGCAAUACCACCCCGGCACCCCCGACCGUAUCCGACAAGGCUUUGCGCGAGUCCGAGUCAAUGGCCAAGCGAGGCGGCGUCGCCGCUAUUGCGGCUCGCUUUUUGACGACUCAAACUGAGGGUACGGCGCCUCAGGCCCGAGAGGCGGCAUCCCGACGCCGUUCGUCAACGGCCAAGGUGGCUGAGGUGGCCCGAGCCUUUGCAGUGACGGCGGCAGUCCCGUCGCCGGCUCAAGAGCCGCAGGGAUCCAAGCCCGAAGCCCCGGUCCGAGCGACGCCCAGGGCAUCGGGAGUCUCCGCUUCUGGUGCUGUCAAGUGCGACGUGGUGCCGCCAAAGACCGCAGUCACAGCCAAUCAAUCUGUGCGAGGCAUUCGCGCUCUGUUUGAGAAGAUUUCGGCCACCUCCACCACACCGGCCCCAGUGACUAUCUGCCGACCCAAGUAUGUUUUUAAUGGCAGCCUUGUGGGCCAAGGCGCGGAUGCACAAGCCGUGCAGGCCGAGAGGCCCGGUGAAUCCGUCCAGGAGGCGAAGGUGACCACUGUGGAUGAGCACGUUGCAAGCCCAAUCUCUACUGGUGCCUCGGAUCUUGAUGCGCAAGUUGCCAAGCCGGAGGACGUGAAACCUCGCUCUCGCACCGUGUCGUCGGUCGAGGCGGAGGACGAUGACAACUCAUCGGCGGACGAGGAAGACGAUGAAGUUUCCGAUGAACCUGAACAAGGCGUCACGGCGACACAUGGGGCGUUGACCGACGCUCCCAUUCUGCAAAGGGAGGCCAGCACGCUCUCCACCGUUUCUCUUGAAUUCGAAGCCACCUCACCAACUCUCAGCAGUUCUGCUGAGAUGCCCGAGCUGAAAGAAGCUGUCGAGAGCAGCGAGGAGGCGCAAGCACAGCCGGUGCUCAAGGACACCCUUAACGAAAGCGAGGAGAGCGACGAGGAUGAAGAUGCUUUGAUUGAUGAGGACCCGUUGGCCGAGUAUGAGCCUUGCGAUGGCGUGCACGACAGCGAGGAGAACGAAAACGCCAACGAGGCGUCAGCCGCGGAGGAGGACGCUGAAUCGUCGGACAAGGCACCGGCCGUGCAUGAACAUCGCCUGUCUCGUCGACUGUCCUCCUUGCUUAAUGUUGCUGAUGCUUUUGAUGUGGACCUCGAGAAUCUCAGCAUCGUUGACCAGUCCAUUCAGGACCCUGAAUCUGACACGACCAAGGAAAACUCCAACCGUGGCUCCUUUAUUAGUCUGGACAAGGAGCGCGUCCAACCCGUGCUGCCCCCCGGCAAGAUCCCUCCCUUGGGUCGACGCCUAUCCUCCAUGAUGAACUUGACCAACUUUCUCGAGACUGAUUUUACCCAUCUCGAGGCCCUCGAGGUGGCCAACUAA